CCUCUUCCUACUUCCCUUCCCUCCUCAACCCUUUAUCACCCUAUCAACCUGAAGGAGUGAGAAACAAAAGAAAGAAAGCGAAAGAAACAAUAUCAAGAAUCAGGACAAGAAAAAAGAAGAUGAACAAUACCCGUGAUUCCUCCUCCUCCCCCCCUCGCCACUGGCACGGGUCUGUCGGGGACCGCUAUGAGCAUCACAAUGUCUGGGUGACUGGCGGUCCCCCCGGCCCAUAUCGACGACCCUCUUUCCUCGAGUCCUUCCCAAUCGACCACUGGGUACGUCCUGAUCUGACACUAGUGUCUUGCGUUUCAUCGUUCAUCUGCACUGCAUCUGUCUUCGCUAUCUUUUAUUUUGAAUUUCAAGUUCACCACAUGUGAUGCAAUCUAACCCUAUCAAUACAGCCUUCCACAUCCUCCACAAUGUCUAGCAACUCCAGCAACUCGAACAACCCUGUCGACAGCCAAGCCAACC